CAAAUGAACGUCAACAAAGUGCAGGCAGGAAGUUGCUUUUCUAAUCAGAUUUUGUAAUUAAAUUACUCAGAUAAUCGAAGAAAAUGGCAUUACUUUUACGCACUUUUAAACCAGUAAAUAUUUCAAGAAAUUUCUCUAAAAUUGUCAUUACUAACGAUGGCUCCACCAUCGUCUCACUACAUCGUGAACAAAAUUUUCCAUAUGAGCAUUCAAAACCGCUUCCAGAGGAAAUUCAAGAUAAUUCGCUAUUAAAAAUGAGUGAUCUAGAAGAAGUUCGACGAGUUUUCAAAGAUAUGAAACCAGAAAUAGCGCGUAAACAAUUAUCAACCCUAACCUUGACCACGCAACACCGUUGGUUCCCGAGGGCUCGUGACAAGAAAGCCAAAAAAACUGAGAUGAACAGAACAUACUUAUAAACUUUCGUAUUUUUGUUAAUUAGGAAUACUUACUCUGUUAGUAACUAGUGUAAAAUAAAUAGCUUAAUGGUA